CCAUAACAAGAUUGAUUGCGCUGCCAUGGAGACAGAAUCGCCAUUUCCGCUAGCAGCGGCAACCAAAGCAUGCCUUGAAAGCUUCUGUCAUCUUGUAUCGAUUCUGGAAACGCGAAAAGACUUUCAACAUAAAGAGUUAUCUGCAGAAUUGGCGAAGAACCAGCGGGAUCGCUUCAAAGUCUGGGCGGCCGGCCUGGGGGCACUUGCAAACGGGAACGCGUCACUCGACUUCCGUUUGAUGGAGGCAUCACUUGUGAAAGACACCAUUUUGAGGUUUCUCGCCGACUUGGAUACCUUUAUAUGCAGAAACGAUCUGAUUGUGAACGGUUCAAGCAAGCCCGUGGAAGAAGCUUUCUGUGUAACUCGUGACGACGAUUCGGAAUCAAGUGAUGGUAGCGUUUCAGCCGAGACCAUCCAGUACGAUGAUGUCAAAAAUAAUGUACAGAGCGAGAUAGGCUACAACUCGUCUCGAAUCGACCAAACACUCGCAGCACUCGUCAAAAUAUCAUUCCAAAUUAGAGGGUCUUCUUCUAGGACGACACAGUUGAAUCAAAGAGCCUUGUCAUACAAGGAACCUCCCAAUCCUGAAGACCCAUCAGUACUUGACAUUCUGGGAGGGUACUCGUAUUUUGACUAUCGACAUGUGGAGGAAUAUUUUCGACUGGUAAGAAAAGAAACGACGGAUCAGUCUCGCGAACAGAGCUAUGGACAAUCUCAUGAACCGCCUCCAAGUUCUGUGCCAUUCAUGGAACCAGAGAACUCGUUCGGCUUAUAUCUUGUUCAGCGUUGGGGUAAGUCCAUCACCGACCGCAGACGGGUUUUUGCAUAUUGGCGAAGACAUGCCCGGAAACUGGCCAGGGAUGAGUUUCCGUCUGCCAUUCGAGACAUCAAGCAGACGAUGCCGCUGGUCUCCCCAAGCGAGGUUUAUGGCGAGGAUGCUGAGCACGUCAGACUAUCUCUUCCUUCUCAACCAAAGCUCGUCCCCCUUGCCCCGACUGGCCCAGCAUUUGAUUCUGUCAGUCCGACAAUUUAUUCUGGAACCGAAGCCUCAAGACCCAUAUCCGGCGAUUUGAGCGCCGACACCGAUUCGGUUGUAUCGUAUUGCUCGACUGCUCUCGAUCUCAGCGGCAACGCGACAGAGCUCCCUCCUUCACCAGUAGUGGGAGGAGGUCAGAAAGAGUUCAUCUGCCCAUGCUGUUGCGUAGUUUGUCCUGCAAAAGAGGGCAAAGACAAACGCUGGCGGGAGCAUAUUCUACGAGAUCUCCGACCUUAUAUGUGCACUUAUGAUCAGUGUGAUGAAGACGAAGUCAUGUAUUCGAGUAGAUUUGCCUGGGUAGAUCACGAAUCGCAAGCUCAUCGCAGAGUUUGGCGCUGCUUCGAGCACCAUGAUUUAUUCAAAACGCAGGCAGGUUUGGCCAAACAUUUACACAGCUCACAUCCAAGCCUAGGGGAAUCUCAGAUCGAGACAUUGGCUGAGCUCUCACAUGCAAGCAUCAAGGAUGAACGCCAGCUUUGCCCGUUCUGUCUCACUUGCGGUCCCUUUGAGAAAAGCCUUGUCAAUCACAUGGCUUCUCAUAUGGAAAGACUUGCCUCCUUCGCCGCACCACGGUCUUAUGGUAAUGAAGACAAAUCCGUUCCUGGUAGCAACACCAACGACAAUGGAAUGAGCAACUACUCCCGAGAUUCGCUUGGAUCUGUGGACCUCAUUUUUUCGGAAUCAGAUCCUCCGAACUUACCUCGAUCCAACAACGCAAUUCCGCCGCCAACAUCUGACGAUUAUGCUUGCCACUACUUCAAGCGGUGGCCACUGACACAUCUAUCGUGCGGAUCCCGUCAACUUGGCAUGAAAUCGACACGGCAAGUUGUUGAGCACUUGAAAAGCCAUCAUGCAGCAACACCCAUCCAGUGCCCUACUUGCUACCGGAUUUUUGACAAGCCUGAUAAUUGUCAGAAACAUACUGCGGCGGCAGCUUGUUCACCUCCCGAAACAAUUCCAUCCCCAGGUUGUAUACAACCUGGCAUGCUUUCUUCGUUCGAUAUGAUAUUAGAGAAGGAUUGGAAUGACGAUGAUCGAUGGCCACUGUCGCACCUCGUGAACCAAGAGGCUGUUACCAAGUUGGAGUUCCUUGAUGGCCAGACUGAGAAGAUUUCAGCGGCGAUAAUACUCUCGACUCCUCGUGUACGAGAUUAUCAUGGAAGAGGCCGCACAAACAUCAAAGAAUCUCAUGCCCAAGCAGUGAAGACGGGGCAUGCGGAGCUGUUCCGCAAAAUGAAAUUGCGGAGAGGAGACGAGGGUGCAGAACUGCUCUGUCUAGCUACAGAAGUGGAAGACCUUUCUAUAAUGUCCUUUCUGCUGGCUAAUGGUGCCGACCCCAAUUUUACCGAUGGAACAAGAACAACGCCCUUGUGGAUUGCUGCUGGCAAAGGCUAUUUUGAAGCCACUCAACGCCUGGUCGAAGCAGGAGCACAAGUCGACAUGAUCAAUCAUGCAGAUCAAUCGCCCCUGUUCAUCGCUGCUGCUGAAGGCCAUGUCAAUGUCGUGCAAUAUCUGUUAAAGUGUGGAGCAGAUUCAAAUUGGGAAGAUCGAGAUAGUAGGACUCCACUAGCCUUUGCAUUCUGCAAACGCCACGAAGAUGUCGUUAGGCUUCUCAUGGAAUACGCCGCGCCACGUUAUCGUAAGUACAGGCUAUCUGGGGCUAAAAGAGCCGCUUUAAGACCAAUAACGCCAUUAAGACGGGCAAGGCGGUUUCUUGACGAUAGUGAUGCGCCUAAGGGAGCAUCCUACAUAUCGGAUUCGUCCGACUAG